CGGUUUUCUAGGGAGAUAGGGAUUCGUGAGACAAACGCCCGACCGCCUUUUUGUUGGUCUUUAUGCGCUGCUGAUGGUAGAUGGUAUCCAGCGAGCUGUGUCUGCCAGAAGAAGACGACGACUCGGCGAGUAAUAUGAAGGAGAUGAUUGGAGGCUGCUGCGUCUGUUCGGAUGAGAGAGGUUGGGCCGAAAACCCCCUAGUCUACUGCGAUGGUCACGGCUGUAACGUUGCCGUCCACCAAGCCUGCUAUGGAAUUGUCCAAGUCCCCACAGGCCCCUGGUUCUGCAGGAAAUGUGAAUCACAGGAACGUGCUGCCAGGGUGAGGUGCGAGCUGUGUCCCCACAAAGACGGAGCACUGAAACGAACAGAUAAUGGAGGUUGGGCCCAUGUGGUUUGUGCUCUUUAUAUCCCAGAAGUGGAGUUCGCCAACGUAUCCACCAUGGAGCCCAUUGUGCUUCAGUCUGUCCCUCAUGAACGUUAUAGCAAGACAUGCUACAUCUGUGAGGAACAGGGCCGUGAGAGCAAAGCUGCUAGUGGAGCCUGCAUGACAUGCAACAAACAUGGCUGCCGACAAGCCUUUCAUGUCACAUGCGCUCAGUUUGCUGGGUUGUUGUGUGAAGAACAGGGCUCAGAUGCUGAUAAUGUGAAAUACUGUGGAUACUGCAAGUACCAUUACAGUAAACUGAAACAUAAAGAAAGAGAUCGCCACAAACCAAAGCACAAAAAGGCUUUGGAAUUAUCACCUUCCUUGGUGCCAGCACUGAUGGUGUCCUCUGAGAAGAGCUACAACAGCAGCAGUGGCGGAAUUGUCUCCUCCAUUUCCUCCACUCAGAAGCGACUGGACGACAGCGGAGGUCGUUUCACUAAUGCCAACUUCCAGGAAGUUCCGUCUCACUCCAGUUCCAGCUCCAAGGAUGGCAGCUCCUCUGAUGGCAAGAGCUCAGAUGGCAAAAGCAAGAAGUCCAGCAAUCACAGCACCAGCUCAAUCUCUGGCUCCAGGGGCCGCAAGUCAGCACCGGGCAAACCCCACGGCCCUGUGGUCACCACAGCGACGUCAUCCACAGCUCCCUCCUCAACCAGUCCUUUUCAGCAAGGUCUUUUAUUAGGCAACAGCAGCAGUAAAUCAGCCACUAGUGGGUCUGUGGUUCAGCCCACAUCUGAUUUCCUCAGCUUCUCUGAUCCCAGCCUAAGAGCCGGUGACUCGUACACACCUCCAUCCUUUAGCCGUUGCCACAUGAAGGGUGGUGCAGAAAGCGCAGCCUCUGAAGGCAUGGUGGCUCUCAACACCUUCAGCAUGAUGUCCCUCCCCCAAAGCUCCAGCUCAAGCAAGCAUUACGAAAACUGUCACCCAGCCGGAGAGCUGGGAGGCCUGGCCUCGGCAGGCUACAAAAGACCCCAGCCCUCCUCAUCCUCUUCUUCUGCGACAUCGUCUUCAUCUAUUGGCGAGGAUGGCGGGAAGAAGAAGAAGAGAGGGAACUGGAGGAACCGGUAUGGACCGUGCUUCACCACCCAGGACAGUAAAACCACUGAUACGGGAGAGCACGGGUCCACAAUGCCCUCAUCCACUUCCCCCUCGCCAUCCUCUAUGAGCACCAUGGCCUGCCGCGGGAGUGCAGUCAGCAGUACAGGAGGUGUGGGAGCAGUGGGUGCUGGUAGCAGCAGUCUGGGGAUUCAGAAGUCCCCAUCCCUCCUCAGGAAUGGAAGCUUACAGGGUAUGACUGUCAGCUCCCCACCUGCUGGACCAGGUUCGUACACCAGCAGUAGUGAUGUAGCCUGCCCAUUGCCCAGUGCGGUGUUUGGAGGGUCUCUGUCCGGAUCCAACUCUGAGUUACCUGCUCAUCAGUCAGUAGUCACUUCCAUGCCCACUCUCACCUCACUGCCCCCGACCGCCCCCUUCACCAGCACCUCAUCCACACAUUCAAACUCUCUCCCGGGAUCCUUUAACCUGGCGCCAACCCAUAUGUUUGGAAACAGGCUGAAUCCGAAUUCCACCAUGGCUGCACUGAUCGCCCAGUCCGAGGGCUCCCCGGCAGAUCAGGAGCUAGGAGACGGAGCUCUCGGCUUCUCCAGAAGAGGAAACUCACCAAAGACAAACCUCUCCCCUCGGUCUCCGUUAAGUGGGCUUCAUAUCCGGUAUGACUCGUCAGGACCGUUGGUUCCGGGGCUCGGAUCUGGUUCGGAUAUGUUGCCCCCGGUGGCCACCAGUAUCGACCAGCUGCUGGAACGGCAAUGGAACGAAGGACAGCAGUUCCUCCUACAACAGGGCUCACAAGGAGAUGUUUGGUUGGACAGGUUCAGGAGGCGCGCCUCUCUCACGUUGACCUCUCUUUUCUCUCUCUCUCUCACACUCUUGUGCUUUCUCUAUUCUUUCUCUUUCUUUCAGGAUCCCCUGUCUGGUGGCCAUAGUAGCGGAAGUAGCACGUCCUCUCUCUCCACCCCUCCGUCUGCGGCCCACAGUCCCCCCCAGCAGCAGAUGAACGGAGUCGGCAUGGCCGGGGUGGCCAUCCAGCCUGGCAAUGCCAACUCGUCCCUGCCUGCCAUAGCCGGGGUGACGGGUCUGAUGGGCGCUCUGCAGGGGAACCACCUGGCCAUGAGUGGCAUCGUGGGUGCCCUAAACGGAGUCAUCCAAACCUCCCCCAGCCUGGCCCAGAAUAAAAGCCCCCUGCCCCAUCCCUCAGCAGCUACCAGCACAUCCCUGCCCAUGUCCAACAGUCUCAGUAACAGCAGCAUGACCACUGCGAAAACCAGUGCAGCAAGGCUUUUCAGCGAUCAGCACAGGCAGAUCCUCCUCCAUCAGCACCAACUGCAGCAGCUUUUCAACUCUCAGCAGGUCAUACCGGAACAGCAGCAGGCUCUGCUCUAUCAGUUAAUGCAACAACAGCAGCAACAACAGCAGCAGCAGCAGCAGCAGCAGAAUGACAUUCAGCUACAGCAGCUGCCAAUCAACAGCCUCCUGCCUGCCACGCAGCCAGCCAUCGCCACAAACCCCUUCCUCGCCAUGCACAACGACAACAACACUCCUAAAACUGGAGUUGGUACUGCAUUUAUCAAACAGACAAAAAGACUGGGAGAGAAGGCGGUGUCUGUGACAGGACAGGAGAAGACCUGAUGUAGAAAACAACAUUUUGGAGGAGUUCUGUCUUAUGGAUCCCUCUCAUCUGCCCACCCCAAGAGCCUUGCAAUCUGAGCAGCAAGACCAGAACAUUCACCCACCGCACGAAACCCUCACCAGCACCAGCCUUCAUAUAUACACACACUUGCCAGUUUGAUGCCCAUCUGGCAAACAACAUGCUGCACUGAGUUUGAGUAAAUCACUUGCUGUAAACUUACUGGAUCCCAUGGGGGCCAAAAGACAGGCUUACACAAAUAUGUGCACGCACACGCACACACACGGUCUCUCUCACCCUGCCAGUGUGCUGAAAAUGACACACUGGUGCAAGUUGCUCUGGGCGGAAAGUGUAGAUCGAGGUCUCGGAUGGGGAUUGUAAGAUGGAGAUGCUUCUGGAACAGUAUCUGCUCACCGCUGUUACCUCUCUGUACCCCUUUAACAAGAAACGUAACGAUAAUCUCAAUAAAAACUAUAUAUUUGUCCGUCUGUGUAUCUAAGAAGCGAUGAAGCGAUCAGACAUUUGUGCACCAUGAAGGCCUUCUCUGCAUCCUGAUCGUGAGCUUCCCCUGUGAGGAGGCAUCCCAAAGGUCCACAAACUGUCUCACUGACCCUGCUGCACUCUUUGAAGAGCAACUACCUCUCAAGCCAGGACACACAGACUAGGCCCUGAGCCCAAGUGCCUGGCCCGCGAUCUCCAACUUCUCAGCGAGGGGCCGCGCGCUGGAGACUCUGCCAGUCUGUCUCUCUCUCUCCUUCCCUUUUUAUUUUUUCCUCCAGUCGAUCCAUUUUUUCUGAAAAGAUUUAAUACCAAUCGGCGUCGCUCGGGCAAUACCAGUUCAGAGAGUCCCAGAGAUCUCUGCCUGUACAGUGACUACACUGAAAAAAAAACGGAUUUUGUGCUGCAUUAAUAAUUUUUGAAGCCUACUUUCUAUUAUUCCGUUCUUAUUUAUUUGCAUUUGUUGCAUGUUGGGCGCAAGGUGAUAUAUUCGAAUGCUCAACUGGCAAAAUGUUUUUAUACUACUGUACAAACUUCUCACCUCUUUUGAGUCUUGUAAACAUUUUGAUGAACAUGUCUUGUGUUUGACGUUAUAAAAAAAGAAAAAAGCCUACUUGAUAAUUUUGUGGUCUUGUACAUACACCUGAUUUUCCCUUUUUCCUUUUGUUGCUAUGUAAAUCUACAGAUGCAUAUUGGAUUAAGAAUAAGCUGUCGGAAUAAAUACGAUUUAGUUUAGCA